AUGAGACGACGGCGUUGGCACUCACGGUCGGUGCCGUUCUUCUGCCGUCACGGUACGGGUCAGUCGCCUCUUCUUUGGAUCGUUCUCGCGUUGCUGUUCGUCCUGCUUGGGACCGUGAUUGGGAGUGCGGGCGAUUUUAAUUUCCCGUCCGAACCUGACGGACUAUACGAGGGUGACAAGUGUGGUCUGCCGGGGUCACAGACAGGCGUCUGCCGGAAGGCUUCGGUGUGCCCGCAGGGCGUUCGUGCCAACGGUGCCCGGUGCGAGUUCAGCGGUAACGAUCCGGUCGUCUGCUGCCCGAACGCCGGUGCCGGUACGAGCAACCGCAUCACGACGGCUCAACACACCAGCUCAACGCGCAUCGCCAAACAGGAGUGCGACCGGUUGCAGGGUGCAUCGUCGCAGCUGACCGAUCAUGUGUCCGGCCGGCGGCUGGAGGCAACCCUUGGCGAGUUUCCCUUCAUGGCGCGGGUAUUAUCUACCGACGAUCAGGGCGAGGAUGUCAUGUGCGGUGCGUCACUGAUCGCGAAGCGGUUCCUGCUGACGGCGGCGCACUGCUUCGAGCAUGCGUCACCCGCCAAGGUGCAGCUGGCGAUCGUUAAUCUGAACGAAAAGGAAAAGGACGAGUAUACGGUACGGCAGCUGCACAUGCAUGAGAAUUACCGUAAACGGAUGAACGAUAUAGCGUUGCUAGAGCUAGAGGAGGACGUCGUUUACCAACGGGACGUUGGACCGGUCUGCCUCAAUACGGAUAUAGAUGAUAUCGGGUCGACGGUCAAUCUCACUGUGAUGGGCUUCGGACUCGAUGGCGAUGGCCAGCGCACCAACAAGUUGUGGAAGGCAACGGUCAAUGAGGUGUCGAUCAGCAAGUGCCAGCAGAUGUUCAGCUCGACGUUUCUGAAAAUCAACAUCAACGAGAAUCUUGUAUGUGCGCUGGGGGAGAAGGUGGAGGACGAGUACACGGACGCAUGUAAGGGCGAUUCCGGUGGACCGUUGGUCAUGCAGGUGGGGCCAAAGUUUUACCUCGUCGGUGUUGUGUCGACCGGGGCACCGUGUGGUGCGGCGGUACCCGGCGUGUACACCCGCGUCUCCCGCUACCUGGACUGGAUCGAGCAGCGCGUUUGGGGCAACCAGAGCUGA